AUGUUGAAAGACCAACAAGUCUGGGCGUAUACCUUCUCCUACCUGUUCUCUGAGCCCAGUUUGAUGGCCGGACCAGGCAAACCCUACCAUGACUGGGUGGGAGCCGACCACGCUGAUGACCUGCAGUACGUGUUUGGCAAACCCUUCACCACACCAAAGGCUUAUGGGGACAGACACAGAGACCUGUCUGGCUACAUCAUUGCCUACUGGACUAACUUCGCCAGAACUGGCCUUAAGAGGAACGGACACCGCAGAGACUCACUAGACAGUAAGAGCAUGUCCACUGGGAAAGUGGCUGUCAUUAUUGGACUGGGAGUAGCUGCGAUGCUUGUCGUUCAAAGUGGAGACCCGCUGGACUCGGUCGGCCACGGGUCACCGGUGUGGAGCGAGACGGGGCUGCUCGCGCGGGCUGCGGUCUGCGUCAUCGCCGGAGGUUCCCUGCUCGCCGCAGGCUGGCUGCACAGGCUGCUCUUCGGUCCCCUGGUGGUGCUCAGGGGGCCCGAUGACGUGGGGUACAUCGCCGAGGACGGUCGCACCAGAGCCCAAGCCGCAAACGAGGUCCGCCAACGGAGGAAAACCGGAGAGCUGCCCCCGGUCUAUCCAAACGGCUGGUACCGAGUGCUGGACUCGCACAGGCUGCAGAUGGGCGACGUGAAAAGUGUCUCUGUUCUAGGUGAACAGUUGGCAGUGUUUCGGGGCCAGGAUGGGAAGGCCUACGUGGUGGAUGCCUACUGCCCUCACCUGGGGGCCAACCUGGCCGUGGGAGGACGGGUGGUGGGAAGCUGCAUAGAGUGCCCAUUUCAUGGAUGGCAGUUUCGGGGGAACGAUGGCAAGUGCGUGAGGAUCCCCUAUGCAGAAAAAGUGCCGGAGUUUGCCAAGGUGCGCUGCUGGCCCAGCUGUGAGGUCAACGGCCAGAUCCUGAUUUGGUUUCACUGUGACGGAGAAGAUCCUCAGUGGACCGUCCCAGAGCAGCAGGAAAUAACAAAGGGCCAGUGGGUCUAUCGGGGGAGAACGGAGCAUUUCAUCAACGCUCACAUAGAGGAGAUUCCUGAAAAUGCAGCGGACAUCGCUCACCUCGCUCACCUCCACACGCCGGCUAUUGCCAGCGGAGUAGAUCUGCGUUACACCAACAGCAAAACCUGGGAAUUUUUGCGGCAUGACUGGAAGGUUCAGUGGGAACCAGAGUCGGAGCCCAACAAGCAUUGUUCUCAGAUGUUGGUGAAACACGCGCUGACUGUGUUUGGAUGCCACUGGCCACUGCUGGAUGUUGGAGUUGUGGCCAGACAGGUGGGUCCAGGAGUGGUGUUUCUGCUGUUUGACCACAGCUUCUUGGGUCGGGGCGUUAUCUUGCAGUGUGUGACUCCAGUGGAGCCUCUGCUGCAGUGCGUCUCUCACACCAUCUUCUACCAGUCUAAUAUCCCGCCUCUGGUGCCCAAAUUCAUCCUCAAAGCAGAGUGCAUUCAGUUUGAGCGCGACGUGAUGAUCUGGAACAAUAAGAAGUACAUCUCCAAGCCUCUCCUCGUGAAGGAAGACUCAGCCAUCCAGAAGCACAGGCGCUGGUUCAGUCAGUUCUACAGCGAGAACAGCCCGCGGCUGCAGUACCGGCAUGACACUUUGGACUUCUGACCUCCUCGAACUGCAGAGAAGAUGUCAGGUCAGGGUUGACAUUAAUCAGAGGUCCUCGAGGAGAGAGUCCAGGAGUGAUUUUUUCUUUUCUUGAAUCUGUCACAUAUAAUAAGUGACAGGAGGGAAGGAGACCUGACUUGUUUGUGAGAAAGGGGCUCUCUUGAAAGCCGGAACCUUACGCUAGCCCUCACAACCUCCUUUUCUAAGUCUUACUGAAGUGGAUGAUGUGACUUCCCAGCUUUAUACACGCAAGUGCCAACAGCCGUCAUGUCGCAUGGUUGGACUGGUCGAACUGACUGAGUGGGUUCAGCCCAUACAUGUGAGAUUUUGGUGAACCAGUGCUAAUAUACAAAGCAAGCAACACUAAGGAAAACCACUGUCGCAUCGCUGACAAGACUUAUUCUCAGAAAUCUGCAAAAAAUGAUAAUUCCAUAUACUGUGAUGCACAUAUAACCACUAACUUUCUUGUGUGAUCUGCUCCAGCAGAUUUUGUUUUCUGUCUGUAUGUUUGAUACGGGUCAAUUUAAGCCACCUGACUCUAGUUUGAGUUCGGUGAGAAGUCUCACAAUACCAUGAUUUGAGAUCAGUUUCUGUCUCACUUUGGCUUUUAUCUGCGUUAGAGAAUAUGAAUAGGCCUUUCCAAACUGUAAGUUUAAGUCUUUAGUGUUUAGAGUGUGAUCACACUGGCCGAUGCCUCAGCCACGAGUUUAAUGGCAGGUGUGUUUGUUUUCUGAUUGAUAUCUCAGAAAACUCAACAGCUGGCCGAUAGCGAUUUUGAUGAGAGUUAACCAAAACAGUAAAGCUGCAGGCUAGCUUUAUCCUUUUGAGCUACCACCUUCACAUUUAAGCACUAUAGUCAUCCAUUGACAUGAUGCUACUAUUGAUUACUGCUGCUUGAACAUGAAGGAUGUCGGUCACUUAUUCGCUCACAAAGGGGCAAACAAGCAUAUUUAUACAUUGUUGAACUGUUCCUUUAACACGCAUGAUUGCGUCAUAUGUCAGCCUGAUAAUGAUGGUCUUGGAAACAGAAGAAUUAUUGACCCAAAUUGAAUAGCUUUAAAAAAAUUAAAAUAUAAAAUGUUCCCCUUCAUUUUAAACACAUGAGACACUGAGAUAAAUGAAUAGAACUGGGCCUUUGCAAUAUUGUAAAAGUAUAUUAUUAUUAUUAUUAUUAAACGUGUGCUCCUGUUACUGCUAUAACAGAUCUGCG